AUGUUCAGAAACAACUACGACAACGACUCCGUAACAUACUCUCCUACCGGCAGGUUGUUCCAGGUAGAAUAUGCCUUAGAGGCAAUUAAACAGGGUAGUGCAGCUGUGGGACUCUCGUCGAAGAACCAUGUUGUGUUGGUGGCAUUGAAGCGUAAUGCGGAGGAAUUGGGUUCCUACCAGAAGAAGAUCAUCAAGGUGGAUACCCAUAUGGGAAUUGCAUUGGCUGGUUUGGCCCCUGAUGCAAGAGUAUUAUCGAACUACUUGAGAAAGCAGGCCAUGUCUUCUAGAAUGAUUUUCAACAGACCAUUGCUGACUUCGAAAGCUGUUUUGUCAAUUGCUGAUAAGGCCCAGGAGAACACCCAGUCGUACGGAUCUAGACCGUACGGAGUGGGGUUGUUGGUUUCAGGCUACGACGAGACCGGGGCACAUCUUUAUGAGUUCCAACCUUCUGGAUCUGUGUUGGAAUACUAUGGAGCUGCCAUUGGGGCAAGAUCUCAAGCAGCCAGAACAUAUUUGGAAAGAAAUUUGGACACCAUCCGCGAAAGCGACACCGUAGAGCUGUUGAUUGUACACGGAUUGAACGCAUUGAGAGACACUUUGUCGCAAGAUGUGGAAUUGACAUUCAAGAAUACAUCUGUGAGUGUAGUCGGUAAGGACAUAGACUUCACCAUAUAUGAUGAUGAAGACGUCCAACAAUGGUUGGACAAGUUGGACUCGGUGUCGAAUGCAAGAAACAGAGAAGAGGACGACGGAGCCGAUGAAGAGGUUGCCGAAGAAACCGCUGCUACCGAUGAAGCUGUAACAUCCACUACUGGUACUGGUGCAGCUUCUACCGACGCUGCUUCUGGAAACGAUGCACCUGCUCCAUCGACAGACGACAGAAUGGAAACUGACGAAUAA